UCAUAUGUCCCCAUAAUGCCUUUAACCCCAAAGUCCAAACCAAAAACAUUUUGCUGAUUCUAAUCUCUCUCUCUCUCAUUAUCUAUCUUAUAUCUAAACUAGUAUGUUGUUGGAUUUUGGAGAUGAGCUGACGUUAGAUAGUUUCUGGAUUCCAUGGCUCAUAUGGAUUCAACUGUUAUUGUUCCUUCUUCUCCUUACCAUUCUCUCUUGUCACUCCAUCAUUACUUUAGAUCCCUCUCACCACACAACUUCUCCUUCUGCCUCUGCCACUGAUUCUGAUCUUCACACUCAACAACCCUCCAACCACCGUUCCACUGCUGUGACCAACCGUCUUCAGAGCACCCGGGGAGUAGAGAACACAAGUAUUAAAGGUGAGAUAGGAAUAGUGAGAGAAGAGUUUGCAGAAGGGGAGGCUUCAAGUUCGUCUGUGUAUUUCCUCCACCCUUGCUAUUAUUUCAACUUAGCCAAAGAAGCAUUCCUCAAAUGUCUUGGCCUUGAUUCUACAUCAUCUAAAUCUGAUGCUCCUUCAACCCAAAAACAUAGGAAACAAAACAAAGCUAGCUGAUCAUCAAAAUUAUGUUCUCAUUUAUUUAUGAAAUGUUUUCUCAUCAUUUUGAACUACUUUUUUCGGGUAAUGAUUCUUCCAUCGUGAGAAUUGGAAAGAGAAACAAAUUUUUUAAGUGAUA